UUUAAGGCGUGUUCAGUGAGGCGCUUAUCUCUUUCAGCUAAAUCCAGUGGGCUCAAUGAGUUUUUUGAUAACCCGAAAAAUUGGGGUGAAAUCAGUGUAAAAGCUGGUCGACCUUGGAGGAUUGAAGAAUUGCGUCGGAAAAGCUCAGUGGAUUUGCAUAACUUGUGGUACAUUCUUCUUAAAGAAAGGAAUAUGCUAAUGACGAUGGAAGAGGAGCACUGGAGAUGUCUCGAGCAAAUGCCUAACCCGGAACGCUUUGAAAAGGUUGAGGAGAGUAUGGAGAAUAUUCUGCGUGUGAUAGAAGAGCGUGACAAAGCAGUUUGCGAAGUCGAGCGGGGAGAGUGGAUAGGUCCCCGGGAAGUUGACGGUGUGGACAAGUUGGGUCGCCCAGUGCGUCGACUUACUGAAGAGCACUUGGAGCCACAAGAGCCCUCGAACGCAGAAGAAGCUAUGUGGUCAGAGUGGACAUUGCGCUAUCUUCGGGCAGAACGAGAGAAGAGGAUUCGUUCACGCCGCGAGCGCGCUCGGGCUGAGCGAUAUAAAACCGAAUUUGACCGACGGCGACGCAUCUUUCAAAUAUCUGCUGACCACACAUUUGAACGGGUGCCCAUGUCUGCGGCCUCCACUGACACGCAGGUUUAA